AUCGAACGCGCCGUGUUGCUUGCUGCUCGCGCCGACUACACCUGAUCGUUCCGCGCAGCAGAGCAGACCUCCUGAAGAAGGAGAAACGAAGAGUCGACUCAGCCUUCUCGUGUCUUUCCGUCGAAUUCGGGCCUGGGCUUCAUGGAGGCGCUUAUUCCGGUCAUCAACAAGCUGCAGGAUGUCUUCAACACCGUUGGGGCGGAUGCCAUCCAGUUGCCACAGAUCGUCGUCGUCGGGAGCUCCGGUAAAAGCAGUGUUUUGGAAAGUCUCGUAGGAAGGUCGUUCCUUCCGCGUGGUACGGGGAUCAUUACAAGAAGGCCACUGGUGUUACAGCUGGUCUAUACAACACGCGAUGAUAACCAAUACAGGUCUGCUGAAACAGGUACGCUGGACCUGGAUGAAUGGGCACAGUUCUUACACAAAAAAGAGAUCUACACAGACUUUGAUCGUGUCAGAAAAGAGGUUGAUGAAGAAACUGCAAGAAUUGCGGGUCACAACAAAGGCGUAUCAAAUGAUCCCAUUCGCUUGAGAAUAUACUCUGAUAAGGUCGUUAAUCUGACAGUUGUAGAUUUGCCUGGCCUUACAAAGGUGCCUGUCGGAGAGCAGCCAGAGGACAUAGAAAUGCAGAUUCGAGACAUGGUGUUGUCAUACAUCGGAAAUCCAAAUUCCAUAAUACUAGCUGUGUCUCCAGCCAAUAUGGACAUGGCUGUGUCAGAGAGCUUGAAGCUGGCAAAGGAGGUAGAUCCCGAUGGACGGAGAACUCUGGCAGUCAUAACAAAGCUGGAUUUGAUGGAUGCAGGUACUGAUGCAAUAGACAUCUUGUGUGGGAGGGUUAUACCUGUGAAGUUAGGUAUCAUUGGUGUCGUCAACAGAUCCCAGCAGGAUAUCAUAGAUAACAAAUCAAUAAAUGAUUCCUUGAGAGACGAGGCAGCAUUUUUACAGCGCAAGUACCCUACUCUGGCUAAUCGAAAUGGAACUCCUUACCUAGCGAAGACCUUGAACCGCCUGCUCAUGCAUCAUAUUCGAGAUUGUCUUCCAGAGUUGAAGACUCGUGUUACCAUGAUGAUGUCUCAGUUCCAAACUCUGUUGAAUAGCUAUGGUGAUGACGUCAAAGAUAAGGCACAAACUCUACUGCAGAUCAUCACAAAGUUCAAUGCGGCUUAUUGCUCUACAAUUGAAGGCACAGCAAGAAAUAUUGAAACUACUGAAUUGUGUGGAGGAGCUCGUAUCUGUUACAUUUUUCACGAAACGUUUGGUCGUACCUUGGAUAGUAUCCAUCCACUUGCUGGUCUCACUCAGAUGGACAUUUUGACAGCUAUUCGAAAUGCAACUGGACCUAGACCAGCUCUCUUUGUACCAGAAGUGUCCUUUGAACUUUUAGUAAAACGACAGAUUAGACGCCUUGAGGAACCAUCGCUUCGAUGCAUUGAACUUGUCCAUGAGGAGAUGCAGCGCAUCAUACAGUUCUGUGGAACGGAAGUCCAGCAGGAGAUGUUGCGAUUCCCAAAACUACAUGAAAAAAUUGUUGAUGUUGUCACACAACUCUUGCGUAGGAGACUUCCUCCGACAAACGACAUGAUAGAAAAUUUGGUGGCAGUUGAAUUGGCGUACAUCAACACGAAACACCCAGACUUUAUAAGAGAUGCAUCCAUGGUGUCUAACAUUACUAACGAGGAUGAGAAAGCAAGAAACAUACCAGUACGCAGGGCUCACGAGUAUGAUAUGAGGGACCAACCAAAGGACUUGAUGGUAGAUGGUUACAUGGAUCCCAUUGUGAGACAGAACAUGACGAGGUACCAGCCUGAUCCGCAGUAUGGCCGCAUGCCCCCGAAUGACCUGAUGAUUGUUGGCAAUAGUAAAGAUGCAGCGAAUUCCAACUGGUUCUCGUCACUGAUUGCAGGACCCAGACCUGAAACAAACGCUCCCAGCAAGGAGAUAUCUCGUGAAUCGUCUCCCAACACAACACCUACGCAUCAGGUCGAACAGACGAUCCCAACACAACCUGAGGGUGGCAUCCUGUCUCCACAGAAGCCGGUGAAUCUCCUGCCGGAAGUCCCCAUACAGCAGACGCGGAAACUCACGGAACGGGAGACCAAGGACUGUGAGGUUAUAGAACGGCUUAUCAAGAGUUACUUUUACAUUGUUCGGAAAAGCAUCCAGGAUAUGGUCCCCAAGGCUGUUAUGCACUUCUUAGUUAAUUAUGUCAAGGACAAUCUCCAGAGCGAACUGGUAAAACACCUGUACCGUACCGAUGAAAUAGACAGUUUCCUGUCGGAAUCUCCAGAAAUUGCCCUCCGUAGAAAAGAGGCCGCAGAAAUGUUGAAGGCACUGCAAAAUGCUAACGUGAUAAUCGGUGAAAUCCGCGAAACUCACAUGUGGUAGUCAGAGUUUCUGCAAGACUGGAUAGACGAGGCGUGUAGAGGACACGGUGUGAUGUGUAAAUGAGAACAGAUUAGUUUUUUUAUUAUCCAUUAGAUUCUCAUAUGUUUAAAAGUCACUUUUCAUUUUCAUUUAGUGAAGAAACUCAUUUUAUUAGUUAGUUUCUCGUUUUAAGGAUGUCUCCAUUUUCUAAUCUAGAAUCUUUUUGCCAGAGUAAUUGCUUUUACACACUCCAAAAGGACUGUAUUUUUAUCAAAAGUCUAGGAAACAUCCAUGAACGUUUCAACAACAACUUUUUUAUAAUGAUGACAAGCAGUUCAAGAACUCUGUACAUAUGUGAGAAGUUAUAGUUUUCAUGUAGGUUUAUUUCUGAUGUAAUAAGGUUACUGCUACCAUUAAAAAAAACUUUUAAAUCUUGUGUAUUUGAGUUUUUAGUUGUAUGCCAGGACAGAGGGAUUUUGAUUUUAUUGAAUGUGAUUUAAUGAUUUAGUUUAACCUGAGUAUGUAUGGUACACAAAGUUUUAUUUUCUGAUCACCAGCAGCAUAAAAUUUAGAAUAUUUUUAAAAUAACAGGUUACUAUUCUGAAAUAAGAAUAUUUGUGCAAAAGAUUUAGGCAUUUAGUUUGAAAGGUACUAUUUAUACUUAAUUUUCUAUGGCAAGUAUCUUCGAGUCAUAAUAGUAAUUUAUUAUGCAGAUACCGAUUGCUUAUAGAAAUUUAGGCUUUGCAGAAUUAUUCCAAAACUGAGAGUCCAGUAUGGUGUGUUUUUAUUAUCUUAGACAGUUAUUACAUUGGUAAGGAACUGUUAAUCUUCUAUCAUAAAAAGAUUAUUAAUUGAUAUUAUUCUUUGCUAUGUUGGAGAAGCAAUGCACCACCUUUUGUAGGCUCAAAGUAUGUUUAAUUUAUUUUGUGUGUGUUUUUUAUUUUUAAUUUGGAUUAUGGUACCAUUGGUUUACCUUUUAAUGGUCAGUGUUGUGUAUUUUGUAGUGUACUUAGCUUCACGUCAGGUUUGAGACCUCCUGGGAUAUUAAAAUAUUUUCAUUUUAAUUAACCAAAAUUUCUUGCAAGUACUGGCAAAUGUCAAUAAGGGUCAGUAAAUCUUAUCUAGUCAUAAUAAGAUGGUGGAUGUAAAUUAGGUUUGACCUUCUCUCCGUAAUAUUCUGAGAACCCAAACUCAUAUUGAAUGGUGCCAGCAGUUCUGAUAUGAGAAGGAUCAUAGGUGAUAAGAUGUCUCAAUACCAGGGUCACUGACACUUUGUGGUGUGAUCAGAGCCAGCAUUAAAAUGUUAAACUUUUUUAUGUUGUAAUACAGGUUAGUAUUGAGGUUAAAUUGAUAAAAUUAUAGUAAUCUUUCAGGGGUCUCAAUUGUUUGUCCUUAGUAAUGCAUGAUCUGGAAUAAAGAAAAAUGAUUUUAAUUUUACUUUUAUUCAAAGGUUAAAAUAGUCUUUCAGGCUCUUGGUCUUUGUGCAGGGCUUGCGUAAUAAAUCAAAUAGAACAUGCUUAAAAUAUUGUAGUGUUGUGUAUGGGGUAUUUUACAGAAUUUUUUUUUUUUAUUCAUUAAAUCUUUGCUUCUCCCAGGAUCCAUAUUGUCACUCAUUUUAUACUGCCAUGUUUAUAUACUCUCAGUGUGCCCCGUUACUUCUUGGGAAAUAUCUCUUGGUAUGUGUUCCUUAAUUUAUUUAGCUCCAUUUAUUUGCCUUAAACUUGCUACCAAUUUAAGUUGUCCUUGCUCUGUCUUUUCCCUCCUUUUUAUUUAUAUGUGAAGUUUUAAUGCUCAAAUUUUCAGUUGGUAAUGCUUUAGUGAUUGUAUUUCUGUUGUGUAUGGCUUUUUUUAAGUUUGUGUAUUUUUUUAGUGUUUUAGUGUUUUUCUGCUUUUAACAUUAUAGUUUCCUACACAUAGGCAUUUCAUGCAUUCCUAGAUAACACCUAAGGAAACCAAUUGAGUUAUUGGCAGUUGCUGAUUGGCAGCGAUUUUUAUCCAUCCAUAGUCAAAAGCUAUGUACAAGAUUCAAACAGAUUUUAAGCAAAAAUUUUAUAAACUGCAUUUAUAUUAUUGGUAACUGAUUAUGAAAGUAAUUUAAAAAAUACAGAAGUGGUAAGGAAUAUUUGAUGAAGUAAUGGAAGAAAUAUUGGUAAGCAACGGCUGCAGGCAAUUUACCGUUUGUUAAAUUUAUCUGAUCUCUGUCUUAUUUGAUUUAAAGUAAUUUCAGUGUUAUGUUCUAGAUAUAUUCAGUAUUUUGUUUGUGAAUUUUUAAAUGUUUUGUAUCUUGAAACAGUUGUUGUUGCUUUCAGAAUUGUAGGACCUGUGUAUGAUUUGUAUGUCAUGACUUUUGAUUGCCACAUCUCAGAUGAAUAAGGAAAAUUGUGUUGGUUGUCUUUUUUUUUAUUUUGGGUAAUUUCAGUGUUAUGUUUUGGAUAUAUUCAGUCUUUUGUGUGAGUUUUUAAAUAUUUUGUAUAUUGAAGCAAUUAUUGUUGAAGAGCAAAUAGUUUAUGUAAAUUUUUAAGUCAUAAAGACCUUUAAAUUUUGUGUUUAUUUCUGAAGAUAGAGAUCAGUGGAAGUAAACAUGCUGUCUUCAUACAGUGAGAGGGUUUCUUUUAAUAUCGAUUAUUAAUUCUUGUUUUUCCAUGUUAACAGUGAUGGUUGCUUCAUUAACAUAAGUGUUAAGAAGCUUUCAUUAUAUUUGCAGUUCUUGAUUUAUCAUUCAUGAGCCUUUAAAUUAACUUUUGUUUUACUCUUGUCUGUUUUGACUCAGUAUUAAAAUCCAAGAUAGGAUUUCUUCUUAUCUCCCAGAUUUUCUCACACAUGAAUAUUUAUUUGCUUUUAAGUUGAAGAAAGCUUUAUAGUCACCUGAUUUAAGUAUCUUUAUUGCCUUUUCAUUUGAAUGUGAAAAGUUUUGAUCUGCUCAAUGUGAUUUGCAUUAGUCUAGUCAGGAUAGAGAAUUUUAUUCUAAGUGCCCUUAUUAAAUUUAUUUUAAUUUGGUAGGCUGCCUUCCUGCUAGGUCUGACUUUGAAGGGGAACUUUUGAGGAAUGGUCUUAGUUUUCAUUCGCUCCAUCUUUAUUUCCUUUCCAUGUGGUCUGUAUAUUAUUAUAUGUUAUUGAAUAUGGAACUUGAAGCACAUCACUAUUCUUUUCUUAUGCAAAUUGUAAUAUUGUUGUUGCAGUGAAGGUGAAAAAUCAAAUGUUUCUUGAGGUCUGUCUGUGAGCCAGUUUUCCUUUCAUGCUAUUUCACUACACUUUUCACUGAAGUUGUAGAAAUAUUUAAAAGACGUAGAAGUAGCUUUUAGAAUAUUUACUUUCCUCUCUUCAUUGGUAUUAAUAAUAGGAGCUCUCAUUCUUAGAAUAGGACAUCAUCUUACUAUAGCCUUCACCGACUUGUAAAAAGUCAUUGCAAACUCAGAUUUGUGAAAUAAGCACUCCUUGUGGCUCGUGUAUGCAUUCAGUGGAAGGGAACGAAGUAAAGCACUUGAUAAAUGAUUUCAGAAGAUUUUAAACAAUUGUGGACUUUUUAAUAUUUUGUUGCAUAUGAAAAUCAGAAUUUCAGUGGGAACUAAUAAUAGGAUGAUUUAAAGGCACAGAAUUUCAGUUAAUAUUAGCUAAUAGACCAUCUUUAAUGAAACUGAAUUCUAAUUACUGUAUGUAUUUGAAUUUAUGAAAUGUUUUGCAAUGCCCUACAACUUAUGCACAGGAAUUUAACAAAAAAAACUGGCUAAGAGAUGCAAAAAUGUGAAGUGUACUUCCCAUAAAUGCACAUCAUACUAUUGCUGAAAUGACAUGGUUCUUGAAAGCUCUACUCUAACUGUUACGUCUUUUAAGACACCAGUAAGUCGGAAGGGACAACAAACUAUGGUGCCAUAUAUGACUUUUUAAUAUGAAUGUUCCACAGGACUUGAAUAAGUGAAUUAUAUGUAUGUAUAUAUAUUUAUAUAUAAAUAUAUCAUGUUGAUUGUUUUUAUAAGCUUUUAAUAAAGAGAGUAAAUGCAUACUGGUUGUGAUAUUUUUUUAUUCACAUGUGUCAUUGUCUUUUAUGUAUGGCAUUUAAUCCUAUUCUCACCUUCUGCUUACAGGUUCUGUAUGUCAGCGUUCAUUUAUCUUAGAAGUUUAUACACUGUACAGCUUUAAGCACUCAGUUUGCAGCAGAAUGAUGUACAGUUUUGUUUUUCAGGUGACACUCAGUUUAGUAAGGUAGGACAGAUGCCAUUAGCAAGAAACAUGCAGUUUGUAGGCUUUAGUUUUCUUUGUUUUGCUGUAGGGUAGAAAGGAUGUUAGGAUCCCAACCUUUCCCUCUGGUCUAAUUUUUUUUUUUUUUUUUUUUUUUUUUUUUUGCAAUUUCCUUGUGAUAAAGGGAACCAUGAACUCUAGCGCAUUUCGUCUUGAACACUUAAUUUUUUGUAUAUAUAUGCAUAACGUUGUUCAUAAAGGAUAAGAAUAAAAGUGGUUGAUCUCUUUUUA